UCCAUUAGGAAAGAAGGAAUAAGAAGGAAAAAUCUCCAUCAGCAAUUGUAGCGAGUGGAAAUCGAGAGCCCGAACGCCCCCUUCUUGCUUUGCUCGAGCGGGUGGAAACGACGAUAAUUAGGGUUUUCCGAAACCCUAGCUGGGAAUCACCAAGAUCCCUGGCUUGAAACGAUCCAUGGAAGAACCAGGAGGAGGAGGAGGAGGAGGAGAGGAUUCAUCGGCCGUCGCUGAGCCCUAUCCCCCAAGUCCACCAGGCGACGAUAACCCGCCGCCGUCGUCGCCGCAGCUGCCGGUGGCCGGCGAGCCCGGCUCUCCUCGAUGCCACCAGGCGGAGUCUGGAUCCUUGUCAUCCUCGCCCCCUUCCGGCUCUGACCUAGCUGUCCCGAAACUUGUGGCCUUGGAGGCUGUCGGCAAUGCCGCCCCCGCUGGUGAUGGUGAUGCUGUCGGCGGGGAGGCAGCAAGGGAGAGUUUGGAGGAAGCCGAUGACGCGCAAAUUACGCAGUGCGAGCAGGCGGUCGAUCACCGCGAGGCAGAGGUUUCGAUGCCUCGGGGUUCCCUUGCAGCGUCCCCUUCCCUUUCUGAUGGCGGUUUUGAGAAAGUUAAGGCUUUUGAGCCUGACGCAAGCGACAUCGCUGCUGGUGAUGAUGACCUCUUGAAAGAGCCACUGCGGAUGGAUCUGGAAGAGGUUGAAAAGACGCCAAUUCCCCAGUCGCAGCGAGAGGACGGUGUGCAGGAACAAGUAUCGAUGCCUCAAGGCUUGCCUGAUGUGGCCUCCUCUGCUUUUGAUGGUAGUCUUCUGAAACCUGCUGCCUCUGAGAUUCUUACCACCGCCACCGUUGCAUGUGAGGAAGAUUCUGUGAAAGAGGCAAUGUCAAAGAUGGAUGUCGACAGCGUGCCAAUUCCCCAGUGGCAUCAAAGGAAGGACUUUGUUCAGGAACAAGUGCUGAUGCCUCGAGACUUGCCUGCUGUACCACCCUCUGGUUCUGAUGGUGGUCUCCUGAAAUUUGCUGCCUUUGAGACUGACGCCACUGAUGCAAGUGAGGAAGAUUCUGUGAAGGAGGCACUGUCAAAGAUGGAUGUUGAUAGCGUGCCGAUUCCCCAGUGGCAUCGAGGGAUUUUGAUGCCUCAAGGCUUGCCUGUUGUGUCAUCCUCUCGUUCUGACAGUGGUCUCCUGAAAUUUGCUGCCUUUGAGUCUGACGCAACCACCUCCAGUGCUGGUGGAAAAGAUUCUGUGAGAGAGGCAAUGUCAAAGAUGGAUGUUGACAGUGUGCCAAUUUCUCAAUGCAAUCAAGGGAAGGACUUUGUCCAGAAAGAGGUUUUGAUGCCUCAAGGCUCGCCUGCUGUAUCUCCCUCUGGUUCUGGUGGCUCUCUCCUGAAAUUUGCUGCCUUUGAGAGUGAUGCCACGGAUACCAAUGCAGGUGAUGACGAUGCUGUGGGAGAGGCAGCACCAAAGAUGUAUGUAGAUAGUGCUCCAGUUCCCCAAUGUCAUCAAGGGAAGGAUGGUGUUCAGGGAGAGGUUUUGAUGCCUCAGGGCUCACCAGCUGUAUCCUCCUCUGGUUUGAAUGGUGGUCUCCUGAAAUUUGGUGCCUUUGAUAUCGACACCUCUGCCAACAAUGCAGAUGAUACUGCUACUGUGGAGGAGGAAGUGCCACAGAUAGAUGUUGAUGGUCUGCCAAAUGUCACAUGCAAGCAGGCGGAUGUGUGUGAGGAGGUGGAUGUUUCAAUGCCUAAGAGCCCCUCUGCUAUGUUGCCCUUUGGCUCUGGUGGAGGACUUGAGAAAAUAGCAUCCUGUGAGCCUGUUGCUGUUGCUACCACAUGUGAUGAUGAUGCUGUGAAAGAGGUGGCAUUGGCUUGUGCAGACACACUGGACAAUGUGCCACUUCCCCUAUAUGAGCAGAUGGUGAAUGCUGAGAUGGGAACUAAAAUGCUUCGGGGCUCUCUUGAUGAGUUUCCCUCUGUCUCUGAUAGAGGAGAUGAGAACAUUGCCGCAAUUGAGCCUGAUGCAGCUUCCACGUCUUAUGGUAAAACUGAUGCCAUGGAUGAUGAGGCAGCACAGAUGGAUGCAGAGACAGAUGACACACUGGUCGUUGUGCGGGCAGGUGGAGGGCGGCGGAAAAGGGGGCGACCGACUAAGUCUCAGGUUGUGAGGACUCCCUUGAAGAGGAAAGAGGAAGAGGAAGUGUGCUUUAUAUGCUUUGAUGGAGGUGAUCUUGUGGUUUGUGAUCGAAGGGGUUGUCCGAAGGUAUACCAUCCUUCAUGUGUCAAUCGAGACGAGGCCUUUUUCCGUUCAAAGGGUCGGUGGACCUGUGGUUGGCAUAUAUGUAGCAGCUGUGAAAGGUCUGCCCUCUAUAUGUGCUUUACUUGUACUCACUCUUUGUGUAGAGGGUGCAUCAAAGAAGCUGGAUUUUUUUGUGUUAGAGGAAACAAAGGUUUCUGCGAAACUUGCAUGAGCACUGUGAUGCUAAUAGAGACAAAUGCUCAUGGGAAUCAGGAAAUGGUCGGAGUAGAUUUUGAUGAUAAAAGUAGUUUUGAAUAUUUGUUCAAGGACUACUGGUUAGAUCUGAAAGCAAAAUUGUCAUUGUCAUUAGAAGAGUUGACAAGGGCCAAAAACCCAAUGAAGAGAUCUGAUGUGGCCAUUGGCAACGAGGAAUCUUCUGAUGAUUUGCAUCAUGUUAAAGAAGAACAAAUAGCAAGUUCAGACAGCUCCUCGGAGCACAAAGAAGAAAGCAUUUCUUCUAGGAGGAAGGUAAGAAAAAAAUCUAGAAACACCAUCAAUGAGGAAGUCUUGGUAAAAGAAGUAGAAACUCCCAGGCAAUCUGUCUGCAGGGAUAUCAGUUGGGCAUCAGAUGAACUUUUAGAGUUUGUGGCACAUAUGAAAAAUGGUGAUAGAUCUGUCCUAUCCCAGUUUGAUGUUCAAGGUCUUUUACUUGAUUACAUAAAAAGAAAUAACCUUCGUGAUCCUCGUAAAAAAAGUCAGAUUAUUUGUGAUUCAAGGCUUAAAAACCUUUUUGGAAAGCCAUGCGUGGGGCAUUUUGAAAUGCUAAAACUUCUUGAAUCACAUUUUCUUAUAAAAGAAGUUUCACCACUGGAUACUGAGGACAAGCAAGGAGGGGUAGUAGAUCCUGAUCCAGAUCCAGAUCCAGAUCCAGAUCAAACAGAUACUAAAGGAAAUAGUGAUGCAUCCAUGAAGCUAGCUCCUGAUAAGAGACGAAAAACACGGAAAAAAGUGGAGAAGGAAUUAUUGACAAAUCUUGAUGAUUAUGCAGCAAUAGAUACUCAUAACAUUAGCUUAAUGUAUCUGCGUCGCAACUUAAUGGAGGAAUUGCUUGAUGAUAUUUCAUUUGAUGAGAUAGUUAUUGGCUCAUUUGUAAGAAUAAGAAUUUCUGGUGUUGGUCAACGGCAAGAUAUGUAUCGUUUAGUCCAAGUUGUUGGUACAGGCAAAGCAGCAGAAAGUUACAAAAGCGGUAAGAAGACUACUGAUGUGACUCUUGAGACUAUAAAUUUAAACAAGAAGGAGGUUAUUACCAUUGAUUCAAUCUCAAAUCAGGAGUUCACGGAGGAGGAAUGCAAACGGUUGAGACAAAGUAUUAAAUGUGGAUUUAUUGGUCGACUAACAGUGGGUGAUGUUCAGGAGAAGGCUAGAUCUCUCCAACCUGUUAGAGUAAAUGAUUGGCUAGAAAGUGAGAAGUUAAGACUUGGUCAUCUUCGUGAUCGUGCGAGUGAAAAAGGUCGUAGAAAAGAGCUUAGAGAGUGUAUAGAGAAGCUGCAGCUAUUGAACACACCUGAAGAGUGUAAUCGUAGGCUAAAUGAGGUCCCUGAAAUACAUACUGACCCACAUAUGGAUCCCGACUAUGAGUCUGCCGAAGAAGAAGAAGAGUCAGAUUUGAGAAAGCAAGAUUACUAUGACAGGUCAAGAGGAUCUUCCUUCCUUAGGAAUGGAAGGGAGGUAAAGUCUCCUGGAAAAGGAAGUUCUACUUUAAGUGAUAACCGGAGUAGUUCACGGAAAAAUUCAAAUACCUGGGACUCGAACCGAAGUGCACUGGUAGAUGGUGCUUCUAUUGCAGAUUCCUCUGCUGGCAGAGAUGUCAAUACAACUGAGUUUUCCUUGAAUCAGGCUAAUGAUGUACGCCAGGCAAAUAGUUCUGAGGCUUCAAAAAGUCAUGUAACUGCAAGUGUUUCAGAUGCUAGUCUCUAUCAUGAGAAACAGCAUAUGAUUAGAUCUGAACAGUCAGCUGAUGGUCAACAAGAAAAUCAAAUAGCACCUUUACCUGGUGAUCUUGCAGCAGUAGCAAAUGAAUCUGAUAAGAUUUGGCACUACCAAGAUCCUUCUGGGAAGAUCCAAGGGCCAUUUUCAAUGACUCAGUUACGUAAAUGGAGUAAUACUGGAUAUUUCCCUCCUAAUUUGAGGAUUUGGAGAGCUUCUGAGAAGCAAGAAGACUCCAUAUUACUCUCUGAUGCACUGGUUGGUAAAUUUCAGAAAGACUUGCCGGAGUGGGAACCUCCUCACAACAGCACUUCCCAGUCAGUGAUUGUUUCACCUACUGGAUUUAGUGCCGGACCUAACUUGGUUGGUGUUCAGAGAGGAAGUGAUGUUUCUGCAUUGUCUAAUAUCAAGCAAAAUGCACAAAAAUUGAGCAUUAGUCAGAAUGAGAAAUGGGCUACUCGGCAGGCUUCCUGGGCAUCCCCCAAGAUGGAAGUCUCUUCAAGAGGCAGGGUAUCACCAAAGGAAGCCAAUGGCAAGUCUGGGCAAGCACAAGAACAAAAUAGUCCACGGCCACUGUCACCACUUAAUGGCAAUCAGCCUCCAGCACUGUCUUAUCAGGUUAUAGGCAGUCAAGUAAACACUGCCAGUAGGUCAGACUCAUAUUAUGAGAAUCCUCAUCCUAAUUGGAGUUCUACAAGCCAACAAUUACCUAGCAGCAAUUCUGAAGUUGAACCAGUAAAUGACUCAUAUCAUAGGAGAAACGGUUCAACUAAUGUUCCUCCUACUCCACAACCAAGCAAGAAGAGCUUGAUCGCUGAAGGUUCUUUAAAUAAGCAUUUACCAUCUAGUGCUUCUGUCCAAGCCAUUGCUUCAGCCUGGGUUAACACAGGGGGCAGGGAGGAACCGCAGUCGUCCUUCACAACUAAUGAACCCAGUAGAGGUAUAUCAAAUUCAUUGAGGGAAUUGGGUUCAUUUUCUUCACAAAGUGUCCCUGAGCAAACUGUUACUUCAGGUGGUGGACAAUCUCUUGCUGCAUCGCUAUCUGCACCAGACACUGUAUUCUUGGGGCAAGCCACAAAUUUGAGCCACCAUCCGGACGAAGUAGAUGCUGCUGGAAGUUUUCAGAAAAAGAAUUCUGAACUCGAACUGUCUUUUCUCUUGCAAAGCCAACAUGAUCAUGGCAAGGAAUCACUGAGAACACGUGGUAGAUCUGCUGAUGAAACUCGAAAAAAAUCUGAGAGGCUUAGUAUUAAAUUGGACACCAGUGUUUCAUCUGAAGAUCCUAAGGAAAAAUUCCAUGCGACUGAAGUGGGAAAUAUAACACCAGCAGCCAGUUCCAAUAUUUACAAGGCUGAUUCAGAGAGGAAUCCAGUUCCUCUGACUGGAUUUUUGGACAACCAGAUACAUCAAGCUUUAACGACUUCAUAUCCUGGAUCUGAUUUAAUGUCAGAGAAGGUCUCAUCUCGAGCGCCUAAUCUGAGUGCUCAUCCUAGUGAUGCAGCUUCUAACUUAUUUGUUCAAUCUGAUGCUUUGGAGUCUAGCUCAGCUCAGAGAUCACAAACAUCUGCAAAUGCAAAUGCUGUGCCUGUACAACCAAACCAGUUGGGUUUUGAUACUGGAUCUAAUGUUCAAAACACUAGUUUUCCAGUGGCUUCACAAAAUCCAAGCCCAAACUCAGGACCUCUACAAGGAACUGGAAAUAUGAGUUGGACCCCAAUGCCACAAGGAAACAUAAAUGUUGGCUGGGGAAUGGUAGCACAAGGUAAUAUGAACAUGCCAUGGGGACAACCAGCUCAAGCAAUUGCAGGUCUGAACAUGGGUUUGGGAGCUCAGAAUCAGGUAAAUACAAUGAUGAACCCAGGUUGGGUAGCACCAGCACAGGGAAACACAAAUAUGAAUGUAGCUUGGGUUACUCCAGUGGCAGGGAACACAAACCAAACUUCUGGAUGGGGUGGUCAUAUGCAGGGAAAUUUAACAAUAAAUCCUGUUUGGGCAAUGCUUUUACAAGGACAACCAAAUCCUAAUCCUGGCUGGGCAGCACCACCAUACCCAAAUGCAAACCAGAAUUUGGAAGCACCAAUGCAGGGAACCGUGAAUAUGAAUUCUGCUUGGGGAUCAGGACAAGGAAAUAUGAACCCGUCCUGGGUUCCGUCAGCUGGAAAUCCUCAGAGCUCGAGUAUUCAACCAAUGCCAUCACAUGGUGGAGACAGGAAUUCAGGUCAGGGUGACAAUUUACAAGGCAACGACUCUGGGCAUACAAAUCAGAGGCCUUUGUGGAACAGGACGCAGGCUGGUGGAGGAUCAUCUCUGCCUCCAAGAGGGCAGACAGGCAUAUGCAGGUUCCACGAGAUGGGGCACUGCAAGAAGGGAGCAUCAUGUAACUAUUUCCAUUCAUGAUGAAGAAAGAGCAUAAAGGACAGCUGAUUUUGUUUUAUUUUGUUCAGUUUCUUUUCCAUCUGUUUGUAGUGGUGGAAACCAUGCAUACUUGUAAGCUGUAUUUUGUGAUGCCAUGUAGAAACUUGGAUGGAGUUGGAAGAUCAUCUGAAGCCAUCCAUUACUGCCUUCUGUUUGACCA